UGAUCAGAAACUUGGGUUUGAAGGGGGGAGUGCCCCGCCCUCCUGGUCCUUAUAACCCGAAAGCCUGGUUGCGGGACGCUCAAACAAAACAGGAACACUGGAGACGACAUUGCUGUACAUGAAGUAUUCCUGGAGGCGAACUCUGGCUACUGAGACUUUACGGAUUACACUUGCUGUUUCGCUUUUUGACGGCAAGCAAACGAACAGAAGUGGCCAUGGAUUUUCUCAAUCACAACUAUUUGAAUGCGCGCAGCCCAUAUGACUAUACUUUUAAUUUCUGGAACGACUAUCUCGGGCUGACCACGUUGGUUACGAAGAAUAAUAAGCUCAGCAUGCCCCAAAAUCCAAACUCCAUCACCGAGUCUUUAAAAGCGACCCUGGGCUUGGACGAUUCCCCGGCGUGUCCGUGCGUCGGAGAGAGCGGGCACCUGGACUGCUGCUGCCCUUCUGGAAGCCCCCCGCCGGCCUCCAUCCUGGACUUGAAGGAACGUUUCUCCAUCCUAAACCCCUUCCAAAAUCAGCUCGGCGUCCAGCUGCCGGAGCGGGAUGUGGGUUUUGGUGGAAGCUUCGCGGGGUUCGAUCUGUUUGGCAUGGAGAAGAAGAUGCGCAAACCCGCGUCCAGGAGCAAACAGGAGCCCAAAAUCUGCGUCUUCUGCAGAAAUAACGGAGCGCCCGAGGAGGUGUUCGGCUCCCACGUCCUGAAGACUCCGGAUGGCAGAGUUGUGUGCCCGAUUCUGAGGGCUUAUACCUGUCCCCUGUGCAGUGCCAACGGGGACAAUGCCCAUACGAUAAAAUACUGUCCACUGUCAAAAGACCAGCCAUCCCAGCGACCAUUAAAAGGGGGGAGGGCUGUGGGCGGUAAGAGGAUGAAAAUAUUUUAAAACAAACAAGACUAUAAAGUAAAUUGAAUUGCACUGAACAAUUUCCAGAUGACUGUUUUGAUUUCGGCUCUAGCCUUUAUCCUAGUUUAGUAAACAUAAUGAUUUUAUCUUUUUGUUUUCUCUCUAAGAUCUCUUAUAUUUUUAUAGUUCUUUUAUCCACAUAGAAUACUUUUAUGCUUUAAACAUUGGAUUUAUUUUCAUUUCUAGUUUGUAGUCAUUUGAGCGUGUGCAUAUCAAUACACAUAUGUAUCAAUAAUCACAAAGUGUGAAUAAGUCUAAAAAAAGUACUUUGGUCAUAUAGGGAAACACAUUGGUAUUCGGCAAAGGGGGUGAAUGUCAUAGCCUAUUUCUACCAAGUAUUUUUGUACGGUGAGCUAAGCUCGCUACAAUUUUCUUUCACGUCUUAGAAAACCAAAGUUAUGUUUGCCAUUAAAGAAGCUCAAGAAUGUGUCAUUAAUGAAUACUUGUGUGCAUCUGACUAGGGGAGGAACACUUUGAUCCCCUCUGCCUGCCUGAAAACUCCACAGCAUAUUUUCCAACUUGCUUUAAAAGUUGACAUUCAAUCUGAGAGGCAGGAAGAAAAAAAAAAAAAAAAAAGGACAAUGUGGCCUCUGUUGUAGGGAUCAUAUUCUCUGUGGAACAUUAUAAUCAGUUGUUGUCAUGCCAAACCCCGGUUUCAAUUCUAUGUGAUGAGAAGAUUUUAUUUUUUUUUAACCUCACAAACAGUCAGAAAUGAGAGAAACUAUUUUGCAUUUUUAUGUUUACAUUCCCAAACGAGGGUGACACACUGGAUUUCUUUUCUGCCAGGUUUCUCUUUCUCUAUGGCGUCCUAUUGUUUUGGUUUUCCCUGACAAUAUGUUCACCACAGAGUCUCACGGGGUAGAUCUGCUCUGCAUUGUGAAGUAGAGAUUAACCCAUUUACCUUUUCACUCUUAUUGCGAGGGUAAAAAAAAAAGCAAAAAAAAAAAAAAGCAAAAUGAAUGUUAGUAUACAACACCUUAACCCAUCAUUAUUUUUUUCUGAUGAAUCCCAAAAAGAUGCAAAAAUGUUGUGAAUGUAUGAUUGAAAGUGUCACUUGCAGGACUGCACAUUUAUGACAGUUUUGUUUACCAAAGGAAUACAAUUGCAUUGAAGACAGACAAAAGAUUUGCUGUAUUGUAAAUAAAGUGAUGUUUAUUCAGUAUUUUAACAUUACAAGUGACUUCAGAGGGCGCUACCUCAACAGGAUUUUGUACUUACAUGUAAAAUGUCAACAGCAGUUUAUUGAUAUAGUGCUGCCAUUUAUAAUAAGGGUUUUGAUAGUAUUUUUGAUCUUUGUAUAACAUAAUUGUAUUUUCAUUUUGUUGCAUUUAACAUAAUGGAAAGUUUCCAAGAAGCUAUAAACAUUGCUCACCAAAAGGUGAUUGUGUGUAAAUAGUGAAUAUACCCAUACUUUUUAAAGUUUAGUUGCCUAAUGUUGCAUUAAGAGUGUGCAGGAGAGUGGAUAUUGAAAAAGGCUGACAACAUUUGCCACUUUUAACAGAGGUUUUUGAUUAAAUGAAUAAGAGAAAAAGAAACACUGUUGAACUUUGUUAUUUAUAUUUUACCAUAUUUUACUGUAUGCUGCUGUGCAGAAUAACACAAAUUCACUAGAUAAAUAAAAACGUAUCAAGUA